AUGAUUACUGGUUUCAUACUCGAUUGGAUUGGCUCGUUAGCACCAACAUUGAUUGGUCUUAUAAUUGCAUUUAUUCUCGCUAUAUUUGCGCUGAGAACGUUGGUUCACUUAUGUUGUAGCAAUAAAAAUCGAGUACGAUCAUCGGAUGAUAGUAGUGUUACAGUGGGUUGUGCCGUUUUCCUUUUAUGCAGUCGACCAAUGAAUCGUUUUGUUGCGCUCAAUUGUAAUUGUCCAUGUUAUAUUCCAAGACCACGUUUACGUUUUCUUGUUCGGCUAGCUUUGUUAUUAUUCGCUAUUCUUCUCAGAGUACUGGCCAUCAUUUUAUAUGCAACAUCAAAAACCAACACAGCAUCGAAAGCAACGUUAGCAUUUGCUUGUGCAUUCUCAAUAAUUUUCCCACUGUCAUCGAUAUCUCUUGAUUUCUAUCAAUAUCGUGUUUGGUGGCAUUAUCGACCUUCAUGUGACACAUUACCUCGGAGUACUAUGUCCAAAAAACAUAUUCGAUAUAUUCCAUAUCAUCUUGUUGGUAAUAAUCGAAACGAUAUGCACAUGGGAAAUAAACCAUGUGAUACAAUGAGUCCAGAUGUUAAAUGUCGAAAUCGAAACUUAGAACAUUUGAUCAUAUUCCAUUUAGAUGAUUAUAAACCGCAAGAACGUUGGGGACUAUUACCACCAAGUGAAGCAGCAAAUUAUGUUGGUUUUCAUCGUACAAAAGCAGAAUUUGCCAUAUCUAUUGCGCAUAGCGACUUUCAUCCCUCAAUGACGCCACCACAAAUGCUUGGAUUUGGCGUUUAUUUCGCACGCUCGAUUGAGCACACAAAAGGAAAAGCAAGAAAUGCUGGAGCUUUGAUAUGUGCCGAAAUUAGAAUGGGUCGUGUCAAACAGAUAACAGUUAAUCAAAUAGAUACAGUUCGAAAUUCAAAGGCAUGGUGGAAAAAUUAUGAUACGGUCUACUACAAUCACGAAAAUGAUGAUAGAGAUGAAUUCUGUAUUAAAGAUCCAGCACAAAUAUUAAGAUGGGUCAUAGUGGUAGAUGAAGAGAAUGAUACAAAAGUUGGAGAAUAUCGACUAGACACAGAAUUCGAAGAUACAUGGUGUGGUUGCAUAUAA